AGCAGGGGGAGGCGAAGUAGAAAAGAGCACAGACUUAUUCAGUGGGAACUAAAGCGAGACUCAGUCAGUGCGAGAGAGGGGGAGUCAGUUAGUGUGUGAGAAAGACUUUGUUUGGAGAGAGAGCUCAUUCGGAAUUGACAAGAAGUAAAAACUCUAGGUUUGUAUCCAAUAUAAUAUACAACCAAACUUCAAUUUCACCCUCAAAAUCGUGGAUGUGGGCUGCAUAUCACCCUGGGAUUUAGCUUCAAGAGUAACGUUCCUGCCGUCUCAUUUUUCUCGUCUUUAUUUUGUGUCAUGUGGCAGAACUGUGGAAGCUACAGAGGACAAUAGCGAUUCCACAGGAUUUAAAACAUUUGUUCUAUAUCUUAAUACAGAAGUGCGAAGAUGUCUGGGCAAAGCAUUACGGACAGGAUAACCGCAGCUCAACACAGUGUUACCGGAUCUGCGGUGGCAAAAACUGUGUGCAAGGCGACUACGCAUGAAAUUAUGGGUCCGAAAAAGAAACAUUUAGAUUACUUGAUCCACUGCACCAAUGAGAUGAACGUGAACAUCCCCCAGCUGGCAGACACGUUGUUUGAGAGGACGGCCAGCACCAGCUGGGUGGUGGUCUUCAAGUCUCUCACCGCCACCCACCACACCAUGGUCUACGGUAACGAGAGAUUUAUACAGUACAUGGCUUCAAGGAAUACGCUUUUCAACCUCAGUAACUUUUUGGACAAAAGUGGCCUGCAAGGCUAUGACAUGUCAACGUUCAUAAGGAGAUAUAGUCGCUACCUGAAUGAGAAGGCUGUGUCGUAUCGACAAGUCGCUUUUGACUUUACAAAAGUUAAACGAGGGGCGGAUGGCGUUAUGAGAACCAUGAACACAGAGAAGUUACUAAAGACCAUACCUAUUAUCCAAAACCAGAUGGAUGCGCUACUUGACUUCAACGUCAACGCCAACGAGCUCACCAAUGGAGUGAUCAACGCGUCUUUCAUGCUUCUGUUUAAAGAUUCCAUUCGACUGUUUGCGGCCUACAAUGAAGGCAUUAUCAACCUGCUGGAGAAGUACUUUGACAUGAAGAAAACUCAAUGCAAGGAGGGCCUUGACAUCUACAAGAAAUUCCUCACUCGAAUGACAAGAAUCUCUGAGUUCCUCAAAGUAGCAGAGCAAGUGGGGAUUGAUCGAGGGGACAUCCCAGACCUCUCCCAGGCCCCCAGUAGCCUCUUAGAUGCCUUGGAGCAGCAUUUGGCUUCUUUAGAAGGGAAGAAGGUGAAAGAUUCCACAGCAGCCAGCAGGGCUAGUACACUCUCCAACGCUGUCUCCUCUUUGGCCAACACGGGCAUAUCUUUCACCAAAGUGGACGAGAGGGAAAAACAGGCAGCUCUGGAGGAAGAGCAGGCUCGACUAAAAGCACUAAAGGAGCAGCGUCUGAAGGAACUCCAGAAGGGGCCUUCUUUCUCUGCCACCACGGCUGCCUCCCCUGUGUCAAUGGACGGUGGGACCAUCAACACAGCACCGGCCAUCGACCUCUUCUCCACGCCCAGCUUCGCAAACAGCACUUCCAAGGCGGCGAGCGACCUGCUGGACUUGCAGCCUGCGUUUCAGCAGCAGGCACUGCCCAGCUCCACUGGCCUGCCGACAGCCAACACAUGGGGAGAUCCUUUUACUUCUACAGAAGCUGUCGACGACUCCAUUCCAAACUUUAACCCUUUCCUAUCACAUCCUGUUGUUGAUGCUGUCCAUCUACCUGUUGAAUCUUCCGAUGGUGUUAGUUCUAGGACACCCAGUCAUGAAAUGUUUGGUGAUCAUUACAAUCCCUUUAUUGAUUCGAGCACCUCCAUUGCAUCUGAUCAUGAGCACACAGUGCGGAUAGAGCAGUUUAUCUCAGACUCCUUCUGUGGGCCAGCAUCUUACCCUACCACCCCUCUCUUUCAAUCUGAGACCCCUGCUGUAGCUGGUCUAUUUGGAGGGUUCUCAGCAUCUCCCACCUCGCAGCCUCAGACCGCCAGAGGCCUUAAUGUCGACUUUGACUCUGUGUUUGGCAACAACGUGGACUCGGCUGAUGGCAUCCUCAAACCCACAGUGGCCUCCUUGCCCGGCCAGGGGCUAAUCCCCAGCGGACAGCAGCCUGGGAAGCUGGUGUCCGACGACCUGGACUCGUCCUUGGCCAACCUUGUGGGCAAUUUGGGAAUUGGCAAUGGUGUGGCAAAAAAUGAUAUUCAUUGGAGUCAGCCUGGUGAGAAGAAGUUGACAGGUGGAAACAAUUGGCAACCAAAGACUGCUCCCUCUACCACAUGGAACCCUGCCGCCAUGAACGGAAUGCAUUUCCCACAAUACGCACCAUCUGUCAUGGCCUUCCCUGCAACGACGCCGACGGGAAUGAUGGCAUAUGGAAUGCCUCCCCAGAUGGGUUCCAUGGGCAUGAUGACCCAGCCCACUAUGAUGUACAGCCAACCAGUCAUGAGGCCAGCCAACCCCUUUGGCCCGGCCCCAGGAGCACAGCCCUCGGCAGCUUCUAGUCCUUCCAGUCAGAGUCCUCUCAGAGCACCAGGAAAGGACCCCUUUGCACAACUCUCUCUCAAGGAUUUCUUGUAGAACCUCUUUAGCAGAUGCAGUUCAUGUAACCUAAAAAGGAGGCUUUUGCCCUCCGAAGACAAACCAUGAAGCAGCGAGACUAACUUUCAAGCAAAAAUCCAGUUAGCUGUUAUACUCCUCGUCGAGAAUAUCAGCACAAAUAAGGACUCAAGGGGGGAAACCAUGUCCAAGAGGCGUCAAGUAUAGGACACGGAUCCCAUUUUUGUAAUUUGUCUUCCGAGAAAGUGUGCGUUGCCAUUCUAACCCCUCUACAGGGAUCACUCAUCCCAUUUGUCUUCUGUAAUAAUAGAUACAAAUGGUUGCGGAAAGGGAGACAUUUGACUGCUGUUAUGUAUGGAAAAUAGUGGUUUAUCACACAGAAUUGCUUGAUCCGAUCAUCAAUCGUACAUUAUCUAAUUUAACCAUAACUGAUUAGUAAAGCUAACCUCUGUUUAUACCAUGAUUUUCAAAAAUAAUUUUAUUACGUUUGCAGUAGACAUUCCUUGUGCAUUGUUUGUAUUUAUUUAUACCCACAGAGAAUAUGAAAUAGGGGAAAAGAAAUGAAUGACAUUAAACUCUUCCUUGUGGGAGGUAUUCAGGUGUAUACAUGGGUAUGAUUUGAUUUGUAUAAUUGGAGUUUGAGAGUGACUGAGAUAAAAAAAAUAAUAAUAUAAAGAUGGAAACAUGUAACCGACUCAGACUGAUGCAGCUCUAAUCACUGAACCAGCAUAAUGUCAAGCACAGUACUUAGCAGCUCAGUCACAACCCCGGGGUGAUAUUGGCAUGAAACAAGUGUAAUGAUUCAACAGUCAAUUCUGUGAGCUAGGGUCUUUUUUCUUUUAAGGGAACAUUUUCACUCACUAGCAAGGCACUACAUUUGUGAUUUGCCUGCAUUGCGUUGGGAACGAUCCAGAUUUAUUCUUUACACUUGGCAUGUAAUUUAUUUUACAUGGAACAAUUCUAUGGCUGCCUUUCCAAAAUAAAUGUGCAGAGUGUCCUUCAUGCUCGGGCCAUCUUUACAUAGACCAGCGUUGGGGUUGGGGGAAAGGAGGUGGUCACAGGAGGCAGGGGAAAGAGCUGUGGUGGUCAGCUCUAGGUGUCAGAUCUGGGUUGAAAUACUAUUUGAAAUCUUUUAAAUACUUUUGUUUGCUCUAGCUUGUCGAGAGUGCCAGAAGGGCUGGGUUAGCAGUUUUGGGACUAUUCUAUUAAGCCAUACUAGAUCAAUCAAGCACAAAUAAAGUAUGUUUAAUGAUUUAAUAUUUGAAUGUUGGGUAAGUGGCAGUAGGGUCCAGUUGAGCGGGGGGGGGAAGAACACUGUUGAUCGGUGCUUUGUGUAUAUAAAAUGGAUCCUUUCCAUCAUGGGGGUGGGUGGGAUAUGUGCAGGAUGGUCAGAACAUGAAGGUUAUUCUAUUCAUCAAAUUAGCAUUAACUGCAUUGUACCUGCAGAUUUAUAUUUUUGUUAAAUAUAUAAAUAAAUGUAUGCAGAAUUUGGUAGAUUUUUUUUUUCUCAAUAAAGUGCAGCUUCCACAGUGUUUUGCAACAGUA